AUGGCACUUCAUGUAUAUGAUGAUAUAAUGAGGAUGACUGAAAACUUGAGUGAGAAGUAUAUAAUUGGGUAUGGUGCAUCAAGUACAGUUUACAAAUGUGUUCUUAAGAAUUGCAAGCCAGUGGCUAUCAAGAAGCUCUAUUCCCACUACCCCCAAUGCUUGAAAGAGUUUGAGACUGAGCUUGAGACAGUCGGCAGCAUUAAGCAUAGGAAUCUGGUCAGUCUCCAAGGCUACUCUUUGUCUCCAUAUGGAAACCUCCUCUUUUAUGACUACAUGGAAAAUGGCAGUCUGUGGGAUCUUUUGCAUGGACCUACCAAGAAGAAAAAGCUUGAUUGGGAUGUUCGUCUAAAAAUAGCACUUGGAUCAGCUCAAGGGCUGGCAUAUCUACACCAUGAUUGCUGUCCACGUAUCAUUCACAGGGAUGUGAAAUCAUCUAAUAUAUUACUAGACAAAGACUUUGAGCCUCAUCUCACUGAUUUUGGCAUUGCAAAGAGUCUAUGCCCCUCUAAGUCCCACACUUCAACUUACAUAAUGGGUACAAUUGGCUACAUUGACCCCGAGUAUGCUAGAACUUCCCGGCUCACCGAGAAGUCUGAUGUGUAUAGCUACGGUAUUGUAUUACUCGAGCUGCUAACUGGGAGAAAAGCUGUUGACAACGAAUCAAACCUUCAUCAUCUGAUUUUGUCCAAGACAGCUAAUGAUGCCGUAAUGGAAACCGUUGAUCCUGAUAUUACUGCCACAUGCAAGGACAUGGGAGCAGUGAAAAAGGUUUUUCAGCUUGCUCUUUUAUGCACCAAGAAGCAACCAGUGGAUAGACCCACAAUGCACGAGGUUACACGCGUGCUGGGAAGUCUUGUGCCACCAAAAGAAUCCGUCCCAAUGCAAGUACUCUUACCUGAUUCACAGCCAUCUGCUAUAAUGCAAUGCUACAAGGAUGAAUAUGCAAAUCUCAAAACUCCACACUUGGUCAACUGUCCCUCCAUGAGCACCUCUGAUGCCCAACUCUUCCUCAAAUUUGGAGAAUUAAUAUCUCAAAACAGUGCGGGAGCAGUUUCAGAAUCUAUGUAUAUUUAA